GUAGUAGUUUUGUUAAAAUUCGUACCUCGUUUCGUAGCCUUCGUCUGUUGACUUAACGAAAUUUAUUCGUUUCAGGUUAAUUUUUGUAAAAUAUUUUAUCGAAGUUGGUAUUGUCGAGUGACAGUUACUAAUGGCAGUAUUAGACAAAUGUUGGACUCCCUUUUUUGUUUAUAGUUGGACUUCGGUGAAAAUCGGCUGUUACUAUGCAGCAAUGUACACUUCUGUGUUUCACAUACUAUUUAUUUGUUAUGCGUUAUAUGUGAUGGAUGGUGGUAACAGUGAUGAAUUUUACUCACCAUUUUUUGAACUUAACAGAUCAGGUGCCACUUAUGCCGGAUCUUUUACCAUAGUAUUCAGUUUUGUGUUUCUUUUGGCUGCAAUUAUGUUUGUUUAUGGAGUUAAAAGGGAAAACAGAUGCAUGUUUUUCCCAUGGUUUAUUGGAAUGUCAUUGGAAAUUUUGCUGAUGUUUGGCAUAAGUAUUUGGUUUCUUUUCCGCUAUUAUCACAACCCCUACUCAUUUCUGGCUUCCUUCACUCUUUGGUGCAUCGAUGGAUUACAUGUGUACUGCAUGUUGUGUGGCAUUUCUCACUAUCAAGUUCUGAAAGAAUUGCAAGAACCUCGCUUUAUUAUUUUACAUCCUUAAUCAAAAUCAUCAGUUUGUGCAAUUUCAUUAAUAAUAGCAGCCUGGUGACUAAGGUGGUAGAGGUAGUGAAUUGUGAAAAUCAUGGUGCAGUUUUUGAAAGGUUCUAUGUAUUGAUAUUUAUAACAUUGGAUGUUUCCAGUUUUUAAAUUUGAUAAAAACUAUAAUGUAAUUUUUUUUAAAGAUAGUUCUAUAAUGUUAGAUAUGUUCUUUAGAGUACUUAUAAAAAUAUGCCUGUGACUUUAUGUGCUAUUUAUUAAUCAAUGCUGAAAAAGUAUUUUUUAAAGUGUAUAAAGCUUGAUUAUUUAAUUUUAGAAUAUACAGAAAGAAAUGAAAUGAAAAUUCUAUAAAAUACAUCUUACUUACACAAGUUAAUUAGUUUUAAGUUAAUUGCAUCUGAAAAGAAAAAAAAGUAAAAUAUGUAAAAUGGCACAGCAGUAAAAGAGUAUUUUGAAGUUCCUAUUCCAAACACUUUUUUUAAUAACAUUUUUAUAGCCUCUGCAUUAAAUUCCAUAUUAUCUAUGUGGAUCUUCAAAACAAGUGUAGAAUUGCUUUUUCAUUAUAAAACAGGGUUUGCACGCUCCUUCAAAACUCCUCCAAUACUCCUUCAUUAAAAAAAAAAAUUUUGAAGGGCCCUUCAUACUCCUUCAUUUUGGUUUUAACUCCUUCAAACCUCCUUCUUUUUUAGUUCAAGACUACAUAACCUUCCUCUAUGACGGUAAUUUAAAUACUUCAAUCGACAACUUAACUUAGUCACAAGGGCGGUUGUUUAAGAGUGAUUUUAAUGUAGUAAUUUCGUAUAUUCAUUUUGUUUUUAUAAAGAUGUAAUAUAUAAAUUGAUCAGAGAAAUCAUAGAAGUUGAAUGUGAAAAUAUUAUUGGUUGACUAAGACAUUUCAUAAGUGAAGUAAAACAUGCUUAAAUGGUGCUUUGUUAUUUUUUCAAGUUUUAUGAUUAUUGUUUUUCCCUCUACCACCCUCUCAGCAGCAGAAGUCAAGUUAUCUAAUUAUUAUUUAAAUAUUUAAAAAUAUAUAAGUAGAUGUACUAUAUUAAAUGAUUGUGUCAAGUGAUGUCAUGCCUUGAGGGGGAGAUGGGUUCAUGAAAUUGACAAGGGAAAGAGAGAGGGUGACAAAGUAACAGUUAUUGUAACAAUAUUUUCAUUAAAAAUAUGACUUGUGACAGGAGGAGUUAGGUGAAGUAUGACACUUUGUGACAAAAGAGUAAGGUGGUCAAAUAUGUUUAAAAAAAAGUUCAACAUCAUUUAAUGGCAGCCCAUUAGUACUCCUUCAAAAUCUCAAUUAACUCCUUCAAAACUCCUUCAUUUUAUUUAUGACAUUAAAUACGAACCCUGUAAAAGAAAAACAUGAAUUGAUUUCAUUAUUCCCAAAAUUUAUUUUGCUUAGAAUUUUUUUUAAUGAUGAACUAAAAUUUAUGGACUUUUCUUUGGGUCUUUUGUUAAAAAAUUUUUAGAUUGUUCACUAUUACUUUACUCUUUGUGUGCCUAUUUACAACUUAUUCAAAAUAAAUGAAAUGAUAGGAUCCAUAUAAUAACCAGAUUUUUAUCUAGAGUAGCCUUUGUAUGCAGUGAUGUUGAUUAAUAUUGGUUUUUCAAAUUUUUUUAGCCGCUCCCAACUAAUUUUCUUGCAGUGCUUUUUUUUUAUUCUUGCACAGAAAUGAGCUAUGAAAAUAAACAUUUAGAAAAAAAAGAAACAGAACUAUGUAGCUAUGACCACCAAAGAUUACAAGCCACAAUUCACUCUUUAUGAGAAUUAGUACAAAUGCGUCUAUGUACAAAUUGUAUAAGAGUGAUCAGGAAGUGAGCCUUCCCCCUGUCCCCUCCCUCUUUAUCUUCAGCAUUAUGUUAGCUAUGGUCGAAUGUUUGUUAUACAAAAUUAUCUUGAAGUGUUAAGAGUCCUAAACAUUGGCAGAACUCCAUGCAUAUUCUAACACAGCUGAAUUUUACUAAGUGUAUGUGCAGAUGUUUUGCAGCAAAACAUCCCAGCAGAACUCUGAAAAACAUCUGCUUUUUACUUCUUUUUACAAAAAAGGAAGUAUUGUAUUCGUGAAAAAGUUUUUACUCAAAAAUCGGCCUUAAUUUCCAUUUUUCUCGCCCCUGAAUGAAUAUUGAUUUUUUUCAACCCGACCACACUUAGAUACAUGCCUAAGAACGUAUAGACACCCGAAGAAUCCAUUUUGAUGAUCCCCCAGUUAAUUACAUCGAGUUUUCGAUGUGCGUAUGUAUCUCGCAUAACUCAAAAACGGUAUGUCCUAGAAAGUUGAAAUUUGGUACAUAGACUCCUAGUGGGGUCUAGUUGUGCACUUUCCCUUUUGGUUGCAUUCGAAUGUUCCUAGGGGGGUCUUUUGCCCCUUUUUGGAGGGAAAUCAUUGUUAAUUUUGGAUGUAAACUCAAGUGGUGUUAUAAUGUGUGGUAUACUUGACGAUAUAUCGCCAGUCUUUUGAUCGCCAAGUUUUGUCACCAACUUGGCGACAAAUUUGCUGUUUUUUUUUUUUAAUUUGGUUUCAAUUUGGCCACUGUUGGUGAUAUUUAGAGAGUAAACUAUUGAAUCACAUUAAAAUUACCAAUAUUGGGAAAAUGACAUUAAAUUGGAGUAAAAGGAAGUCAUGUGGUGCACACAUCAGCUCGUUUCAGGGGCGUAGCUAAGGGGGGGUUUUGGGGACAAACCCCCCCCCCCCCCC